GCUCCAGGAUUUAAAAAUUGUUGCGGUAUUUUCUGCCAUUGAAGAAGGUGGAGAGGGCAGUUUUGAUGCGUUUUUUCCUACCCGAAUAUGUUCUUUCAUGGAUUACAGCAAACGAGAUCGUAUGUGCUUUGUAAACGCUCAUCCCUAAAAUGCAUGUGAUGUUUCGAAGUUGUUGAUUUUAAGUCCAAGCUAUUCAGUUACUAGCUGGCUAGGCUAACCUUCUUUGAAGCGUCCUUGUCCAGUAAAACCAUUUCAGAUUGUUUGUUCAUCGGGGAACAAACUCUGCAACUCCAACCUGUGCGUGAGUAUCUGUCACGGAAGGUGAUAAACGUGAACAGACAAGAAAGCGCCAUAAUGAACUGGGACAAUCAUUUGAGUUCCAUGCUCUCGGCAGCAGAUGGCAGUGUUGCAAAGAUGCGGGAGCGUCUUACAACACAUGGGAAGUACCCGCAUGGAAGGGGUGAUAUCUAUCCAUCCGCCAGAGAGCUGUUGCGGGAGGAGGGUUUGGAUGCGUCUCCUCUGCCCCAUCCCCCUGCCCCCUGCCCCCAGCCUCCCCCCUCCCUCUCCCAGCCCUCUGCCCCCCUCAGCCCUGCUGUGCAGUGGAACGACCUGGCUGGCCUGCAGGCACAGCUUCAGAACCAGAGUCAGAUGAUUGAGUCUCUUUCUCAGAGCCUGAGAUCCAUGGAGAGAGACAGACACGCACAGCACCGGCAGACACAGAUCUUGGAAGAGGAGGUGCGGCGGCUGAGAAAGAAGGCUGACGAGAGAGAGAGGGAAGGAGAGAGAAGGGGUCGGAUGAGUCCGGACGUGGAGAGGAGGAUGGAGGAGUGGAAGAGGGAGGUGACGCGGGAACUCAGCAGCCUGAGGGGACACGUCAACCGGUCCACAUCGCUAGGCAACCUGGAGGAGAGUUUCAGCUCCAAACUGCGCAGAGAGGAGGUGGAGCUACUGAGGAAAGAGGUGGACCAACUCAAGAGCAAAAUGAUGAGAUUGGAAGAGGAUAUGUUCCAGCAGCAGUCUGAGGCUAGAGAGACACGACGACAGUAUGAACGCAGCUGCAAGAUGCUGGAGGGCUUGACGGACAGCUACCGGACACACAGCUUUGACCUGGCACGCACCAUCUCCCAAUACCAGAAUACACAGCAAGAAGUACGCGGCAUGAGGGUGACUGUAUCGGAGCUGAAGGAUGAGGUGAGGGGACUGAUCCUUCGUGACAGGCUGCCCCCAACCGUCACCACCCCGACCCCAACAGCAGGGGCACCCAGAGCAGCGGUUGCCGUAGAAACGACCUCCCGAAGGCAGGUGAGGGAACCAGUGACGGUGACAGCCGGGUCGACAGCGAUGGGGGCCCGAGCAGGAGGAGCAGGAGCGUCACCACGGGUUACGGGGGCAGGAUCGUCACCGUUGACGACGGCGGGCGGGUUGGACUCGGACCAGGACUACAGCCCCACCCCCAGCCUGGCGGAAAUCAGCUCCGACGACCUGGAGCUGUCAUGGACCUCACAAGCACGCCAGCCUGCUCGGCGACGGACUAAACGUCGGGGGAAUCCGACCCAUCGGUCACCAGGAAGUGACCUCAGUGAUGCAGGAAGUGGACUAGACGAUGAUGAUGAUGAGAACGAUGAGAGCCACGUGCUUCGACGACUAUCGGACAGUCCACCCGACCUAAGUCUCAGCGACCUUUGAAGGAGCAGCGUAAUGUGGUCAAAAUCCUUGAGACAAGGAAGCUGCUGCACACUCUCCACAGAAGGUCAAUAGACCGAAAUGUCACUAUUACAUGCUAUAGGAUCAAGGAAGGGGAACUCGCACACCUUGU